AUGGCCCAAGGCAUGAUGUCGGAAGGGUAUGUGUGGAUCAGCUCCACCGGCAUUGGUGAAGCUGCGUCCAACCUCGGUGGCGUUGAUAACAUGCAGGGCGUUGUCAGCCUGCGGCCUCAUGUGCAGGAAACAGAGCAAGUCAAGAGCUUCUCAAGACGAUUGAUUGCAAGGCUUAGCCAGGAUAGCACUGCAACCGGUGACCCGAGUGCACCCGUGUCUCUGAUAUGGUUGUAUGACACAGCUUGGGCAGCUGCGGCAGCAGCUGAGGUUUCCUUCCGAUCAGCACAACGAACUACACUUCUUGAUGCUCUGAUCGAUGCCAAGUUCGACGGCCUGGCAGGAAAAUUCAGGCUGAUUGAUGGGCAGCGACAAGUCAUGGCAUAUGAGAUCGUGAAUGUCAUUGGCAAAGGUGAAAGGACGGUGGGUUUCUGGAUGCCCGAGUCUGGGAUCACGACGAGCUUGGACCUCAAGACUGCAGGCAAAGAGCUGAAACAGAUAGUCUGGCCAGGCGAAACGGCCGCCGUGCCGAUUGGGUGGAGCAUGUCACCGAACGGGCGACUACUUCGCGUCGCCGUCCCGGUGAAGCGUGGAUUCAGCCAAUUCGUGGAGAUCUCCGGCAACCCGAGCAGCCCCAGCGAGAGAGUGGCAGGCUACUGCAUAGAUGUGUUCCACGCCGUCAUGACGAGGCUGAAGUAUCCAGUUGCAUACAGUUAUGUGCCAGUUAAUGACAGCUCUGACUCUGAGUCGUAUGAAAGGCUUGUAGAGUUGGUGCCUGACAAGAAGGCGGACGCGGUGGUCGGAGACGUCACGAUCACAGCGAGCAGGAUGAAGAUGGUUUCCUUCACGAUGCCAUUCGCCGACACAGGCUGGUCAAUGAUCGUGGCAGAGCAAGACAACAGCAACAGCAUGUGGAUCUUCGUGAAGCCGCUGACACCGGGACUCUGGCUCACCAGCCUUGCCUUCUUCUUCUUCACCGGCUUUGUCGUGUGGGCAAUCGAGCACAACAUCAACCCUCGGUUCCGUGGCACGCCAUGGAAUCAAUUCGGCGUCCUCAUGUACUUUGCAUUCUCGACCAUGGUCUUCUCCCACAAGGAGAAGCUGGAGAGCAACCUGUGGAAGUUGGUGGUGAUCAUGUGGGUGUUUGUUGUGCUGAUCCUGACGACAAGCUACACAGCAAACCUGUCCUCAAUGCUGACGAUACGGCAGCUCCAACCAGCGAUUAACAACCUGAGAGAAUGCGACUAUGUGGGGUACCAGGAGGGUUCCUUCAUCGGGGGCAUCCUCAAGGAGAUGGGCUUCGAAGAGGCGAGGUUGAGGACGUACUCCUCCAUGGAUCAACACGCUGACGCCCUCAAGAAAGGGUCGGACAACGGAGGCGUCACGGCGAUCUUCGACGAGGUGCCAUACCUGAGGCUCUUCCUGUCACGCUACUGCGAAGGCUACUCCAUGGCCGGUCCAACCUACAAGAGCGGCGGGUUUGGAUUUGUGUUCCCAAUGGGAUCGCCUCUGGCGGUAGAAUUGUCGCGUGCCAUUCUGGAGCUGGUGGAGGAGGAUAAGCUUGUGCGCAUUGAGAACAAGUGGUUCGGCCACCCCGGGGUGUGUGUGGGUAGGGGCAAUGGUGGCGCCGACGUUAGGCUGGGGCUGUGGAGAUUCGGUGGGCUGUUCCUCACCAACGGUAUCGUCUCGUGCCUCAUGCUCCUUAUCCACCUCGCCAAGUUUAUCUCCCGGGAGCAUGGCCAGCUCAGGGCCGACACAGAUAUGGAGCUUGCGGGAGCACUGACGUGGCUACAUGUGUGGCUCCGGCACCUCGACGCCUUCCAGGGGCGGCGAGGCCAGAACGGGAGCAACAACCACACGGUCGAGGAGCCAAAUCAUCAGGGUCUGGCCGCCAGAUCUUCAGAGGAAGGAGCUACGGGAGACGCUGCAGUCUCUACUCCUGUGGAUGACUUGGAUUCUCGGAGAAACGCUGCUUCUUCCUCUGUUUCUGAGGAAAUCUUAACACCCGUUGGUGUCAUUUGAUAAGGUCACCAAUUAAUAAACAUGCAGCAGCCUCGACGCUGCAGUCUCUUUUCCUUAUAUCUGAUGUGAUUGUCACAGUUCUGGAACACAACAUUCCAUACACCUAUCCAUUUUAGUUUCUUACUGUAGUUCAUGAUAUAUUUAGAUUCCUAAGCCAGACGUACCAAGACGAGUCUAUCAUCUUGGUACCUGAUGAUAUAUAUUCGGCGGUGAUUAAAACUGGCUUGCUGUGAUAGAGGGAAAUAUUGACAUCAGCACGUAAAGAAAUCUAAGCUUACCUAUAGAAACUAAGUCAAGGUUCCUAUAUAUUCUGUUGAAUGCAAAACUGCAAAUCAACACGGGUGUACUUUUUACACCAGAGUAAAAA